AAAAUGUAGAAGUUGAACCUCCUAUCACAUAUAAUAAAAACGAGAAAAUUGAAAUAAAUACAUCAAAUCAUUAUAAAAUUUUAAUCUUAAUCACAUCACAAUUAAGAGAAUAUAGAAAACGUAAUUUAUUACGAGAAGUUUUAUUUGGUAUAGAAAAUAAUUUAGAACCUUGUAUAAGAUAUAAUAUGGAAAUUUAUUAUAAAUUUUUAAUUCCACCGGUUAAUUUUGGAAAUAAUAAAGAAUUGUACAGAAAUUUCGUAGGCGAAUCCAUAGAAUAUAAUGAUAUAGUAAAUUUUCAAAAUUUACUUGGUUCAAAUUUUACUCAAGAGACUAUUCUUAAAUGGGUCCAAACCCAAAAAGACUAUAAUAUAACAUUUGAUCACUUAGUACUUUUAGAUGGAAACUCAAUCGUAAACCUCGAAGAAAUUGAAUAUAAUUUAUCUUACAAAGAUACAGAUGAUGAUGAAUAUAUUGCAAAGUUGCCAUAUGUUAUUUGGGGUAAUUUUGAGAUACCAUCAGCUGAUAAUGCUGUAAUUAUUGGAGCGGAAGCUAUUAAAGUGAUUUUAGAGAAUGAAUAUCUCUUACAAAAUUCAAAUUAUACAAAUUUAAUAACACGAGCAUACUUUUAUAACAAAGAAAAUUCUCAAACAAACUUUUCAAAUGAAUUAGAAUCAUUAAUUUUCUUAAAUGAUGAAGAAGGAUUUAUUGUAUGGAACGGAAAAGUAGAAGAUAUUCCUCAAAAUCCCAUCAUAAGUAUUGAAAAUUUGAUCAUGGCAGAUGAUAUCCUCAGAGUUACCAAUCAUCUUUCAAUUCCAUACGUACCAGCUUGUCACUUCACGACACCAUCAGAAGGUGAACCUAAGAUAGCCGUGGUAACAAGUUCGUCUUUUAAGGAUGAAUCAAAUAAUUGUAAACAAUCAAUAUUAGAUAUAGCUUAUGAAUCAGCAAAAAACAAACGAUUAUACUCACAAAAACAUGGAUAUUCAUUCAUUCCUUUACAAACUAACAAACGUGGAAUAGUAACAUGGGGAAAAAUGGAUGCGAUAAAACGUACUUUACCAUAUUAUGAUUGGGUUCUUUGGAUUGAUACUAAUUCAGUUAUUACGAAUUAUGAUAUAUCAGUUGUUGAUUUAUUAGAAAAAUUAUAUUUAAUUGUUGGAGAAAGAUUAAUUUCUGAUGGUAAUGUUGAUAAAGAAGAAAAAUAUAAAAAAGGAAAAGAAGAAUUUAAUGAAAAAAUAGAAGUUGUAAUUGCAGAAUCUAAAGGAGAAGGUUCAGAUACAGGGUUAUUACUAAUUAAACAUUCAGGAUGGAGUUUCAGUUUUAUAAGAAAUGUACAGGCAAUUAGAGAUAAAACUGUGAUGGAAAAAGGAUCCAUAUGGAAAUUUUUAGAAGAUUUUCCCGAAUUUAAAAACCGAGCAAAGUACCCACUUAACUCUUCACCUGAAGAUUGGAAAGAAGGAGAUUUAAUUAUCAAUUACGGAUCUGAGAAAUGUCCUGCCGGUUCCAUAGCGAAUUCACUUAAAGAACUAAAUCUAAAUGUUCAAGAGAACUCAUAA